GCCGGCUUCCACCACACCCUGCGCAGUGGGGUGCGUGUUCUCAACCUCUUUGAGGCCGCGGCCAACGUGGACCCGCUGCAGUUCAGGAUGAGCAGGCCGCUGGGGCGCGAGGUGGUGGCGCGCGCGCAGGAGCUCACGGAGCAGUGGGCUGUUGAGCUCUGCGCGUCGCCGCGUCUCGCGGCGCAAGGCGGCGACAACAGCCCUGCAGCGUCGCGCGCGACCUCGCCGGCGGCGGGGCAAGCAAAGCGGGAGGCAGGCGGCGUCGAGGGUGCGCGGGCGGGCCGUGCCUACGAGGAGCGGCCCUCGACGCCCGGCCGCACGGCGCUGCAUUCGUCGAUGGGCGGCGGUGGGGUUGGGGCCGGUGCUUGGGAUGCGGCGGGCCAUGAGCUGGCGUACGGCUGCGACUGCCGACCAUGGUGGCUGGCAAGCGUGGACGAGGCGGCGGCGCACGGCGACUUUGGGCGUGGGAUGUAG